AUGUCAGCUACAUACGAAGGAGACGAAGAGACCCAAGAGCAGACUCGGAGCGCGCGCUUGCAUCCUAAAGUUACUGAGGUCUUCCUCGACGAAAGUUACUGCAACGUAAACCACACUGCAGGCUCGUCCUGGGUCGUGAAGCACUCGCCACGUUACGUGGCAAACGGUGCAGGGCAGCGGUACUGCAUUGUCGGUGCUGGGUCUGUCUUCGUCAAGAACGGCGGCUUGUGCGCAGAGUGGGUGCAUGGGUCGAUCAAGAGCUGGCCUUCGCAUUUGAAGGGCGACGGCGACUACCACAGCAACUUCACUGGUGAGCUCUUCGAGUUGUGGUUCGAGGAGCUCUGCCAGUUGCUGCAGUCUCGGUACGGGCCGUGCCGCAUCCACAUGGACGGCGCGGCGUACCACAAGGUUAUCGAAGACCCAGCGCCCGCCAGCUCCAAGACGAAGGCUGUAAUGGUGAAGUGGCUGAACGAGCACGGAGUGACAGUGGGCGUGAACGAUUAUACGAAGAAACAAUUGGAGCAGCUCAUAGCGCAGGUAAGCGCGAGUACAUGUAUUUUGCUAUCCUAA